AUGGUUGCCUCACCGUUGUGCAAUGGCACGCUCCAUUCCCUCACUCGUGUGAGCCAUUGCCAGCUUUCCCAGCGGCGCCACUUUGUUGGUGCUGUCGUCACCACCGUCCUCGGAGCGCUAGCAUUCAACCAGAGCAACCGGUUGGCCGAUAAGAUGGAGAAAGGCAAGCUCCACUACCACGACGCCAACGCCGAGUUCAACCAGCAGAACCCCAACACCCGUCAAUUUUUCACUCGAGAUGAACCCCAUUACGAGGGACACGUGCCGCUAUCUAAGCUUGAACAGGCAGGGAUGAUCGUGGGGUCUCUGAUUGGGCUGUAUUUCCACCCUGAACGCAACGAAUUUAUUGUCGGGCUUGGCGAGUCGACGGCGUUUCUGUUUGUCCUUAAACGGAUACGUAAUGAGAUGCUUAGUGAUCCUGUUGGUCGCCAGAUCCUUCGAGAAAGACCCCGCAUUACUCUGGACUCGUUGGACCUCGACUACUUGCGCCUGCUUCCCGAGAACCUGCUUGGCCACACCUACGUGAAAUGGUUGGACCGGGAGGGUGUCAGUCCCGAUACCCGAGUCCCCGUGCGGUAUAUUGACGACGAGGAGCUUGCGUACGUGUUCCAGCGGUACCGCGAGUGCCACGACUUCUACCAUGCCAUCACCGGUCUCCCCAUCAUUAUUGAGGGGGAAAUCGCCGUCAAAGUGCUUGAAUUCAUGAAUAUCGGCAUGCCGAUGCCCGGUCUCGGGGCCCUUUUCGCUCCCCUCCGCCUCAAGCCUCUGCAACGUGAACGCUUAAGAAACAUCUACUACCCGUGGGCGAUGACGCUGGGACUCAACUCGAAGCCGUUGAUGAACGUGUACUGGGAGAAGGUGUUGGAACGCGACGUCGACGAGCUUCGGGAUGAACUUGGCCUCGAGCGGCCGCCGGACCUCCGUAACCUCCGCAAGGAGUACUUUGCCAAGCUUAAAGCUCAACGCAAAGUCAUUGAGUAA